UGCAGGCGACGCGGCGGGGCCGGGCGCGGGGCGAGGAGUCGCGCACAGAGUCGCCGCUGCCCCCAGCCCCAGUGCGACCAGGGCUUCGCGCCAGGAGGCGGCGGCCAGGCCGAGCUCCAACCCUGCAAGCCGGGGCCCCGACGGCUGCCCAGCCCGGGUAAGGAGUCGGAGGAGGAGCAGGACGAGGAGGAAGGCGGCCGCGCCGGGCACCGGGCAAUGGCGCUCGACUUCCUGGCUGGAUGCGCCGGGGGUGUGGCAGGCGUGCUCGUGGGACACCCAUUUGACACGGUCAAGCUGCAGAGCCUAUGGAUCCAGAACAGACAUAAGCAACAAAGAGCUUGGACAUGGCCAAGGCUCUCAGGAGGCUGGGCCUGACCAGUGUCCCCAAGCCCAGAUUGCUGACAUAGGUUCCCAAGGAGAUGGCCAGCUGUCCUGCCAGCGCUUUCUUUAUUUAACUGAUGACCGCUGUCCUGAGGAGGGGCUCUGGGCAGGAACCAAGCAGGAGUUCCGUGGAGCCCGUUGCUGUGCUGGGAGCCCCUGCUGUGGACAGGUGCGGCUGCAGGUACAGAAUGUGGCAAAGCCCCAGUACCGAGGGACGGCGCACUGUUUCCAGUCCAUCAUCCGCCAGGAGAGUGUGCUGGGCUUAUACAAGGGCCUGGGCUCGCCCCUCAUGGGGCUCACCUUCAUCAACGCACUGGUGUUUGGCGUUCAGGGCAACACGCUCCGUGCCCUGGGCCGUGACACGCCGCUGAACCAGUUUCUGGCAGGUGCGGCAGCAGGUGCCAUUCAGUGCAUCAUCUGCUGCCCGAUGGAGCUGGCCAAGACGCGGCUGCAGCUGCAGGACGCAGGCCCUGCGCGCACCUACAAGGGCUCCCUGGACUGCCUGGUGCAGAUCUACCGGCGCGAGGGCCUGCGCGGCGUCAACCGCGGCAUGGUGUCCACACUGCUGCGUGAGACGCCCAGCUUCGGCGUCUACUUCCUCACCUACGACGUGCUGACGCGCACGCUGGGCUGUGAGCCGGACGACCGCCUGCUGGUGCCCAAGCUGCUGCUGGCGGGUGGCACGUCAGGCAUCAUGUCCUGGCUCUCCACUUACCCGGUGGAUGUGGUCAAGUCACGGCUGCAGGCCGACGGACUGCGGGGCACCCCGCGCUACUGCGGCAUCCUGGACUGUGUGCGCCAGAGCUACCAGGCUGAGGGCUGGCGCGUCUUCACGCGGGGGCUGGCCUCCACGCUGUUGCGUGCCUUCCCGGUCAACGCCGCCACCUUCGCCACCGUCACCGUGGUGCUCACCUACGCGCGGGGUGAGGAGACCCGGCUCGACGGUGAGGCUGUGCCCGGGGCCGCCCCGGCAGCACCCGCCCUGGCCCAGCCCUCCAGCCUGUGACAUUCAGGCCAGUGCCGCCCAGCCUAAGCUCCCCGCGGCUGCUUUUCAGAACCCAGCCAGGAGACCAGCUGGCAUUUUGCCAUGGCGCUGAUGGUCCUUGCCCAUGUGUGAGGGAUAGGGACCCCAUCACACCUGGAUUGAAUUCCAGUCAUUAACUGGGCCACGAAAUUAAUGUCCACAAGCCCCAGUUUUCUCAGCUAUCAAAUGAGGGUGCUCACACCACCCACAUCGUACGGUCCUGAAGGUCAGAGAUGACGCCUGCAGCGCUUGGCCUGGUGCCUGCCAGAGUCCCGGUCAGCGCCAGCACUGCUCCUUGGGGGCUUCGGGAAGCCCAGCCCCACACUAUAACUCCCCCUCACCUGCCAAUACCACCUGCCUUCCAGCCAGCCCGAAGCCCCGCCCCAGGGGUCUGAUGGCCCUGCCUAGCAACUAACUCCCCUAACACCUCCCCCAGUACAGCCCUGGGCACAGUCCUGGGCCACCUGUCCUGUCUCUAAGGGACAGAGGGGCACGCGGGAGGCCUCCUGGUGUCGCAGGACUGGGUCCCCUGCUGAUGCACUCCCAGCUUCUCCAUACAGCACUGCUGGGGAUGCCCCUAGGGCUGCCGCUCCCACAGGGGAGUCCUUGGGGCCUGCAAGAAGAGGCUCCUAUCAGCUUAGGGGCUGGGGUGGGGAGGGGCAGACCCAGGUCAGUGGGAAGGGAGGAGAGCCCCAUAUGGAUGUGACAAGGGGAAGUCUUUGUACCCUGGGCCUCAGGCAGCCCAUCUGUAAGAUGGGGCCAUGGGUCAGCUGAUGUCUACGAUUCUGGCCCACUACUGCCAGCCCAAGUUCCCCAAGGUGUCCAGAGUAUUCAUCAAGGGGAGCAGUAUGGGACCUCCUUGCCCAGGGCUGAAACAGCUCAAGCCACAAACAAGCCAAAGGUCAGUUCCUCCCCACCCCAGCAAAUAGUGCUCCCAAGAGACAGUGAAAGUUAGUAGGCACACAGUUUGGGGCCCCUGAGGCAGAAGAGGCCCCUGCAGGCAGAGGGAGGGACAGGCACCCAUCCCUGAAAGAUGUGGAGCUGAGGCCCUGUGAUUGGAUGGGGGGCGGGUGUCUUUGCACAGGUUCUUGGGUGCCUGAGGGCAUGAAGGUGGGUCUGGCCCUGAAUCCCGGCCUCCUUUGCCCUGAGUGCAGCUCACCUUCCCAGGGAGUGUGACCAAGCUCAUCCACGAAGCAGACUGUCACCACUAAGACCUCCAGCUUUGUACGGGGUAUAACUAUUGUACAUAAACUGCAGAGGGAAUAAAGUUCUGUUUGUCUUAA